GUACAAUUUUAGUUGAUUAGAAGUUGGGUUUGAAGAAUUUAUUCUUACGGUUGUAAAUUUGGUCUUUAUUUCUGCGAAUUAUUGUUCUAGUUCUCUGGGCACUGAAAUGAAUGAGGUGCCCAUGGUGAGAGUAAUCCUGUUAGUAAUUGUCUUUUCCUUUCUUUUCUUUUUUUUUAUAUUAAAAGAGUUACAAUUUUUGAAUGUUGAUGUGGAAUUGAUUUCAAAGAUAGCUGAAUGGUGAAAAAUUAUUCAUAUAGCUGACUCCACCUAGUUUGCAAUUAAGGCUUUGUUAUUGUUGUUGUUGUAUAUUGUAUUGAAUCAGCUCAAAUGUUGUGCUAUUGAUGCAAAGGCAUUUUUUCUAAAUCAGUGUGUCAUGUUCUUGAAGCAGCAAUAGCAAUAAAGCAGAGUUUUGGAUAUUCUUUUGUAUUUAGAAUGUGAGUUUUGCUCCACUACAGGGUUUGGAUGUUUCAAUCAGAUUUACAUUACAAGUGCAUCAUACACAUAGAAUGGUAGUGUUUGGAUAUUCACUUCACAGUGUACACAACAAUUUGGAGCUGAAAGUUCCAUUACUAAGGUUUCAACUUUCUAUAUCUGCAGCCAAUGGCAACUAUAAUGACAUUUCCUAACCAUCCAAGAAAUGCUAAGCUUCUAUAUAAAGAGUGUCACGGAUCUAGAGUUUUAGCUGUAAGAUGCACAGCAUGUUUUAACAAGGCUGCUCAUCCCUUUGGCCAGAAACUCUAUUCUCAAUGUUCUUAUCUCUAUUUUGCUAAACCAUAUUGGGACAAAAAUUUCAGGAAGAUAGCCUGGCAGGUUAGGAGUAGUGUAGAUAGUGGAUUGGAUCCUUCUCCUUCAAAUAGCACUAGUGGUGGAACACGAUUGGUUAGGGCCAUCCAAACUUUGCAGGCCAGGAUAGUUGCGAGAAUCAAGGAGAUAAGGAAAAAUCUCCCAAUAAAAUUACUCUUUUUCUUGGUGGGAUUUUAUUGUGCAACUGCCUUUGCUACUGUUAUUGGUCAGACGGGUGAUUGGGAUAUUCUAUCUGCCGCUUUUGCUGUGGCAGUAGUGGAAGGGAUUGGAGCCCUUAUGUAUAGGGCUUCUUUUCCUUUGCUCAACAAUAUUAGGAGCCUUAUAACCAUGUUUAACUACUGGAAGGCUGGGCUUUCUCUUGGUCUAUUCUUGGAUUCAUUUAAGUACGAAAUCGAUGACAUUAUGAACUUCAGUAAUCCUUUUUUUUUUGAAAUGGAUAUAUUCCCUAUCUUCUUGUGAAACUCAGCAUUUUUCAAAUGCUCUUUUGUUUAUAAUAAUUUGCAUAUAAGAAUUUUCAAGAGGCGAUCAAGUUCAA